UCUUAGGGUCGGACGGUAUAUUUCAGCGAUAAAUCCAUUAUUUUUCGAGUUUCAUCCGCAGCCCAAGCAAAAUAUGUUUAUCAAUUUAAUUUAAGUGUUAAAAUAGUUGUAAAGUGUUUUUUAAAGUUGUGAAUGAAAACAGCUUAACAGGGGCCAGUAGCAAGCGUAGUCGGCGUCGUUAAUCUUAAUAGUUUCCCCGAUAUAGCUCUCCAAUCGAUUGGAGGAGUGUUUGUGCUCAAUAAAGUGCGUUCGUGUUUGCCUUUUGCAGACGGGGAGCAAGUAAAGUACAAAAAUACAUCAUUGCCCGCUGCGACAGAAGCUGCACUCGCUCAUCCCGCUAGAAUCGCUAGCAUCGCUCUCCGAGGAGCUCCCGACGGAAGCCCAGCUCCAACAUGCAGCACAAUGUGCACACCGCCAGACCGGCGCCCCACAUACGCGCCCAUCACCACACUCACGGCCACACUCACAUGCAGAUGCAUCCAAGCUUGGAGCAGCAUCUGGCAGCCGCGGCAUCAAUGGCCGGCGCUCCCCAGAUGCAGCAACAACAGCAGCCGGCUCCACAUCGCGAUCAUCAUCAUCCACGACUGAACCAUCACCAUCUACACGCACAGCAGCAGCAGACGUCGUCGAAUCCUGCCGCCGUUGCCGUGGCGGCUGGACCUGCCUAUCACCACAGCAGCAACAUCAGCAGCAGCAGCAACAACAACCAAAUGCAAAAGAUCCGACAGCAGCAUCAGCAUCUCAGCACCAGUAACGGGCACGUGGGUAAAUGCAACCAGCCUCUGCCGCAGGCCUACAACCCUCUGGCUGGCAAUCCGGCCGCUCUCUCGUACAAUCCGCUGCCGCCUCCUCCGCCGCCGCCGCACCACAUGGCCACCCACAUCGGCAGCUAUGCAGCCCAUCCGCCCCACUACUACCAAAUGAGCCAGCCCAAGCCGCCCUCAAAGUACAACAACAACAGUGGCGGCCACUACAUCCCCAACAGCGGCACCAGCAACGGCUAUGCCCCCAAGGCCAUCCUACAGACAACAUAUCGCAAUGCCAAAGUCGCACCAGUCAUGGCCCCAGCAAUGGUCCCCGAGGCAGUGGUAGUGGCAGCAGUACCAGCACCAACAGCAGAGCUUCCAGAAGGUGUGAAUAGCAGCGUCCUACCGGGAGCUACGGAAUCCACAUGUUUGGAGGAGUUGCCGCAACUGGAGCAGCCGAAUGUGGAGCAAAGCACAACGGAGACGGGAGCGCCAACAGUAAAUAACUUCAGCAGCACAGAGCACAUCGAUGCGACGGGCACGCUGCCCAACGAGGACAGCAGCUCGGGACGCAGUGGCAAGGACAAGACGCCCAUGUGCCUGGUCAACGAACUGGCCAGAUACAACAAGAUCACCCACCAGUACCGGCUGACGGGCGAACGGGGACCGGCCCACUGCAAAACCUUCACGGUCACCUUGAAGUUGGGCGAUGAGGAGUAUUCGGCGGACGGGUUCAAGAUAAAGAAGGCCCAGCACAUGGCCGCCUCCAGGGCCAUCGAGGAGACCAAGUACAAGCAUCCGCCUCCGAAGAUACGCCGCAGCGAAGAAGCCAGCACCACACGCACCCACAUCACACCCACCGUUGAGCUGAAUGCGCUGGCCAUGAAGCUGGGGCAGCGCACCUACUACCUGCUGGACCCCACACAGAUGCAGCCCACCGAUCCGCUAAUGCCGUCGGAGUUUGGAGGGGGCUCCCUUUUGCCCACACCACCGCCAGGGAUGCAGCAGCCCAUGCCUCAGCCACUGCCACCUCCCUUCGCCCUGCGCCCUGCACGACAUGGCCACAGUUUCGUGCCCAUUCCUUCCCCGCCCAUGCAUCCACAUGGCUUUUAUAAUCCCCAGCGGGCUUAUGGGCCCAAAUAUGCGUCACGAUAUACGAUGGUGCCGCCGCUAGGGCCUCACAUGAUCCACGGGCCAAAUAUGUCCUACGCCCCGAUUCCACCCACGCCCAGCAAGAUCACCUUGUACGUGGGAAAGCAGAAAUUCGUGGGAAUCGGGCGCACGCUGCAGCAGGCCAAGCACGAUGCGGCGGCACGGGCUCUGCAGGUGCUCAAGACGCAGGCCAGCUCAGCGUCAGAGGAGGCGCUCGACGACUCUAUGGACGAGGGCGACAAAAAGUCGCCCAUCUCUCAGGUGCACGAGAUCGGUAUCAAGCGCAACAUGACUGUUCACUUCAAGGUGCUGCGCGAGGAUGGACCGGCCCACAUGAAGAACUUCAUCACGGCCUGCGUCGUGGGUAGCAUCGUCACCGAGGGAGAGGGCAACGGCAAGAAGCUGUCGAAGAAGCGGUCGGCCGAAAAGAUGCUCACAGAAUUGCAGAAGCUGCCGCCACUCACGCCCACCAAGCAGACGCCAGUAAGGCGCAUCAAGGUGAAGACGCCUGGCAAAAAUGGGUCGGCGAACGGCAAUGGAGGUGGCACAACCAUUUCGCUAUCGGACGUGGUCUCCAUGGCAAAGCCGGAACGGCGGAAGCGACUCAAUGUCGCCAUCAGACCUGUGGAGCUGGACGAUGCCGAGAACCCCAUAACGAAGCUCAUUCAGCUGCAGCAGACGCGCAAGGAAAAGGAGCCCAUUUUCGAACUGAUAGCGAAGAACGGCAACGAAGCCUCCAGGCGGCGCGAGUUCGUCAUGGAGGUGUCGGCCAGCGGAACCACAGCCCGAGGAACGGGCAACAGCAAGAAGCUGGCCAAGCGCAGUGCAGCGCAGGCUUUGUUAGAAUUACUGGAAUCGGAUGAGCAUAGGAACGCAGUCCAGGUGUCACAGGAUUCCACAAUCGAUAGCAAUCCAACAGAAAUAGCAACUGCCACAGCGACAUCAGCGCCAGUAAUUGAAGCCAUUGCAGAAACGGAUAUUCCGAUGGUCUCAACGCCAGUGGGCCCCAUGCCCGGUAUCCUGAUUCUGCGCCAGCACAAGAGACCACCCAAAAGGAAAGUGGAUCCAAUGAUUAUUGUCAAGGACAGCGAAGAUACCAAGGAGGAGGAAGAGGAAGCCAACAAGGAGACAACGACCACAAGGACAGACGACAACAGCAGCAGCAGCGAGCCACAACCCAAUGAGGCAGCCGCCGAAAAUACGCUGAAUACAUCGACGGGGAGCAACACGAGUGGCGUGAGCAGCAAUAGCAGCAAUACCGCUGCCAGCAGUAGUGCAUCCGCAGCCGUACACAUGAAGGAGCAGCUUCUGUACCUAAGCAAAUUGUUUGAAUUUGAGGUUAAUUUCUCGGACUAUCCCAAGGGAAACCACAACGAGUUCCUCACGAUUGUGACGCUCUCGACGAACCCGCCGCAGAUCUGCCAUGGCGUUGGCAAGAGCUCCGACGAGUCGCAGAACGACGCUGCGCGCAAUGCCUUAAAAAUCCUCAGCGAACUGGGCCUCAACAAUGCCAAAAAGUAACUCUAAUCAAUUUAAAUUCCUCAUUUAAAUUCCUUUUUAACUGCAAUUUUUGUUGUUGCACAUAUGCAAGGAGAGAAGCAAAAGCAAGAGCAAAAAACGAAAGAAAUACCCGUCCACAAAGCAAACCUAAACAAAAUCCAAAAACCAAGCUGUGUGCAAAUUCAAAAAAACACAAAAAAAAAGAGAAAAACGAGAAACAAUGCAAGAAACCCUACCUUUUGAAAUAGCAAAUUAUUAGUUAAUACCUAUUUAUUUAUUUAUGUGCAACUUUUGCAACCAAACUGGUGUUAUUAUUUUAUUUAUUUGUUGUUGAGAAUUGAUGAACGAAGCAAAAAGAACUGAAUGUAACGAAUUCGAACAGAUACACUGAGCAGACCAGAACGGAUAGUCGUCCAUGUCUAUCCUCCGAGUUGAGAAUUGAACAAUAACUAGCCUUAAAGAGACCCGAUCCCCACUAAAUAUUGUAUGCACCUGCUUACAGUAUAUAAACUUAAGGUUAAAGCUGAUGUUGAAGCCCAUUUACCACUUGAAUUGAAUUGAUGAACAACGGUUUAUAGAUACCCGUUCGCUGCAUGCGGCAGACGCUUUUAAAAAUAAAUUCAAAAUGAGAGAACUAGAAGGAUUUCCAUGAAGAGAGAGUCGCGGAAAUCAGGGAGAAGUUUUGAUUUAUUUUUCGAAGCACUCCAUAUACGUACCGCUUGUGGUCAGACGCUUGAUGAAACUCGUCGAAUAAUGAAUCUAUUAUACAUUAUAUAUCAUAGUUAAGUAGUAGUCCUAAGCAUCGAUAAAUUGAAUGUCACAUCCCCCGUGCUUGUCAGCAAUGUUAACAAAUUUCAGGCAAACAUUUCAACUUGCCAAAUGCCAAAUCGAACGGAAUUGAGAGAUUUUGCAAAUUGAAUGCUAGAUUGCUUGGAAUUUGUGGCUGGCAGCACAUGAUGUGGACAGGAUGGACGUUUGCGUUCAAUAUUAUCAAAUAAAAUACAAUUUACAUAAUCGUUAUAAUUAUAAUUCUAAAUGUUUAAAUGGCCAUUUUUGUAAAUGUUCAGUUUUUGUUACAUUCAAGCAUAUGUGCGAACCAAAAGCUGAACAUCUUUAUGAAUAAUGAAUAGUGUUUGUUAGCCUCAUAUAUGUUUUUUCCCCCACUAUUCUUUGCUUAUCUUUGUAUCCGUUUUUAAAUAGGAAUAUACCGAUUCCCUUUACACAAACGCCCCCCUCACAUAGAUGGAAAUUUUGAUUACCAUAGUCUUAGUCGCUAUCCUCCUUUGUGUCCCUGUCACUUGUCCUUGUAUCGUAAACAGCACCGGAUUAUUAAGCGUUAAGUUGCAUUAUGUAAAAUGUAUUUUGUCUAAGCAACCGCGAACCUAACAUAAGCGUAAGCGAACUGUAACCAUGUGAAAGGAAGCGUCGAACCCAGUAUUAAAUGUAUAGAUAAACGAUCAGUACACACUAUCACACAGCAAGAGACAUUGUGCUCCUCCAUAAAUACACACACCAAUUGUUCAUUUUGUUGGAAGACUUUGCAAAACAACAUCACAAAUGAUGAAUAUCAUUGGAAUGGAAUCCGCUUUGCAAAGUCUUCACAAAAUUGAUUAGAAUUAUUAACUUUAACAACAACGAGUAAAGACCUGUUCAUUAGCACCAAAUAAAGUAAUCGAAUGAGAAUAUGGAGAGAAUACACAUUUAUUAGUCCUAAGCCUGUCCCCACAUACACACACACACUCCGACAGAGAAAAUUGUUAGCCGUGUCUUCUAUUUGUAACGUGAGCGUACUUCUACAUACAACCAUGUUAAAGCAUACAAACAACAAUGAAACUAUGUAAAUUUAAUUUCUUGAAUAAACAUUGAUAUAAAGA